AUGGGUUCGGCCGUGCCAGGGAUCCUGGGGGGCGAGGAGGGAGCUGAUACCUCUCCUGUGGUGGGUCAUGAAAGCUUGUUCCUGAAGCUCAUGAACAAAGUCAGGUUCCUGAAGACAUUCAGUGUAGGAGGAUCACUUAAUCCCUGGAUGUGUGUAACCAUCGCAGUGAUUUGGAGCAAUUGCUGUUGUCAGAACAGACUGAAUGCUUCACGGGAAAUAGCCCCAGUAACCCUCCCAAACUGCCGGCUCAUUAAAGGGAUCGAAACUGGUUCAGAAGACAUUGACAUACUUCCCAAUGGACUGGCUUUCAUCAGCUCCGGCUUGAAAUAUCCAGGAAUAAAGAGCCUUGCACCAGACAAGGCAGGUGAAAUAUUUUUGAUGGAUUUGAAUGAAGACAAUCCCAGAGCAGUGGAACUGAGAAUCAGCCGAGGGUUUGAUCUGGCAUCGUUUAACCCUCAUGGAAUCAGCACCUAUGUAGACAGAGACAACACCGUGUACCUCUUUGUUGUGAACCACCCCCACCAGAAGAGCACAGUAGAAUUGUUUAAAUUUCUAGAAGAUGACAAUUCUCUUGUACACCUGAAAACCAUUCGACACGACCUUCUGACAAGUGUGAAUGAUAUAGUAGCUAUGGGACCAGACAGCUUCUACGCUACCAAUGACCACUACUUCUCCGACUUCAUCUUGAUGUUCUUGGAGAUGUUCUUGGGUUUAACUUGGUCAAAUGUUGUUUACUACAGUCCAAAAGAAGUUAAAGAAGUAGCAGCUGGGUUUUAUUCAGCCAAUGGAAUUAACACUUCACCCAACAGAAAGUACAUCUAUGUUGCAGAUGUAUUUGAUCAUAAUGUCCAUGUUAUGGAAAAACAUGCUAAUUGGAAUUUAACCCAUGUGAAGACGCUGCAGCUGGACACUCUGGUUGACAACUUGUCUAUUGACCCUCACACUGGAGACAUCUGGAUAGGAUGUCAUCCCAAUGGGAUGAAGCUGUUCUACAACGAUCCUGAAAAUCUGCCUGCCUCUGAGGUCCUGUGCAUCCAGAACAUCCUCUCAGAGGAGCCUGCGGUGAUGCGCAUCUACGCCGACAACGGCUCUGUGCUGCAGGGAAGCUCGGUGGCAUCCGUCUACAAGGGAAAACUGCUCAUUGGCACAGUCUUCCACAGAGCUCUCUACUGUGAGCUAUAGCUCAUUGCGGGUAAGAUCUGCUGCAGUGGAAAGGAUUUAAUUCCUUGGGAACUCACUUAGUUUCUGCUAGAUUUGCUAACAAGAAGACUGUUCCAAUAAAGGUUGACUAGAAUCAUG